AUGGACGAAAGUGAAAAGUAUCCGUUGAAAAUACAGAAGCUCUUCGCUCCUAGACUUCCGUUUCUAUAUAAGCCUCCGAUAGGCUUCUCUCCAGAGCAGAGAUGUACUCCAAAGAUCACGUCGCUAGCGCCGUGGAAGCUGGAGAUUGAAAAAUACAAAAGAGACUUCCACAAGCCUUUGGAGGACGUGGUAAAGCGCAAAAGCUCGAGAAAGCAGCUACAUGUUGAAUCUUUACUGCGUCAGUUGGCUGAAUGGGAAGACACCGAUGCAUUUGCUCAGAAUGAAUUCCUCAAAGACCCAUACCGGACAGUUUUCGUGUCAAGACUUUACUACUGGUUCACUGAGUUGGAUCUUACUAAGCAUUUCAACCGCUUUGGCUCCAUCGAGUCGGUUCGUGUUGUUAGAGACAAAAAUGGCCAUUCCAGAGGUUAUGGCUUUGUAGUGUUUGACCAGGAAAAUGAUGCGUCCAAUUGUAUUCGGGAGUUAGCACCUACCGGUCUAGCAGUGGAUCCUAUUCAAGGUGAAAAACCUCGCAAAAUUCUAGUGGAUAUGGAACGUGGAAGAAGAGUAAGAAACUGGAAACCCAGAAGAUUGGGAGGGGGCUUGGGUGGUCGCCAUUACACAUCUCCCACAGCACACCACUCCAGAGACGCAUCUGCUGCCUCUUCUGGACGCCGCUUGAAUUUAUCGCAAAAUCCAUAUCAACAGGUAACAGGGUAUGGAAAAAGACCCUAUGACGAUAGAUCCUUGGGGCCCAGCAAGAAACCCGCAUACGACUAUUAUUCAAACCGGAAUUCGGAUCCUGUCCCUGCAACUCCUAAUCCCCCUAUAUCAUCUGCCGCUAUGUCCUACACUCCGGUGGCUUCCACUGGAAGUUCUGCUAGAAAUGCUCUGGAACAAUCUAUCAAGGAUAAAUACGCAAAAUAUCAGUCGGCAAAUGACAGGCUGGGAGGCAGAUCAAUUCGCUCAAUACGACAAAGGGAUUAA